AUGGCUAGUUUUAUGCGACCUUCAAGUAUGACAAAUUGUGAUACGAUAGUUUCACGUGAAGAUGGAGAAAGUAUGCAACAGGAUGAGAAAGUGUUAAAUGAGGUCCAAAAGGGUCUGGAGAAGAGAUUGAGGGAGAAUAGUGAAGAAAAUGACAGAGAAGAGGAUUGUGACAGCUUUGUUACUGUGACUAGAAAAUCAAAACGGCUGUUACGUAGUUAUUCCGUUAACAGUAACCAGAGCGGGGAGGCAAUGGAAAGAGGAGAAUCAUUUUUAAUAGAUAAUAUUAUCUGCGUUUGUCUUCCAACUCAAAGUGAGUAUGAAGACGAAGAUGGUAUAUGGCUAACCAAGAGAAACCUUUUCUAG